UCAGCUGUGCCUUGGUUACAAUUUUCAGUCUUAUAAGAGCUCUGACAGUCCACGUUGAUCAGAUUUAAUUCCAGGUCUACAGCAACAACAUGGAGCUGAGCACAAUCUUCCUGUUUCUUGGUUUAUUGAUCCCUGCGAGAGCCUAUGACUGCACUUCAAGCUUUUUUAGCUCAUUAAGCGGGAGUCUGAACUCACCUGGCUACCCUAAUCAUUACCCCAGUGAUGCGGAUUGCGACUACCUGAUAUCCGUCCCUAAACCACAUACCAUCAGAAUAACCUUCAACCACAUUGAUAUGGAAACGUGCUGUGACUUUCUGCGAAUAUACGACGGUACGAACAGCAAUGCAACUCUCUUGACUUCCCUUACUGGCAAAAGUGAUGCUGGAUUUCAUUUACAGUCAUCCGACAACAAUCUCUUUAUCAAGUUCACCACUGACUCGAGCGUUGUAGGCACUGGCUUCCAAGCAUCUUAUGUAUCACAUUGCAGAAUAACGACGCUGGCAAAUGCAUUGAGUGGCAGUCUCUCUUCCCCUGGAUACCCGAACCAGUACCCAAACAAUGCCAAUUGCGACUAUCAUAUAACUGUGCCAGCACCAUAUACAAUCAAUCUUCUGCUAAGAAAUAUUGAUAUGGAAUCUUGCUGUGACUUUUUACGUGUCUAUGAUGGAACGAGUACCAGUGCAAGCUUAGUGGCAACUCUUACUGGCAACAGUGCUGCAGGCACACAGAUUCAGUCAACAGGAAGCAAUUUGUACAUCACAUUCCAGACUGACUCCAGCGUUACUGGCUUAGGAUUCUCAGCAGACUACAGAUCAGCUUGCACUCAGACUAUUCGCACUUCAUUGAGUGGUAGUAUUUAUUCACCUGGGUAUGGCAACAAUUACCUAAACAACGAAAAAUGCGGAUACUUCAUCACCGUUCCCGGUCGAAGAUAUAUCCGUCUUACAAUACAGUCAUUCGAUUUGGAACAGAACUAUGACUACUUGAGGGUAUAUGCUUUACGUGAUGGAAGUUUGGUGUCCUUGAACAAUUUUACAGGACCGGUCACUUCCGGAACUCAGAUUGAUUCACCGGGCAACAACCUCGUUCUGACAUUUACAACGGACGGGAGUGUAACUAGAAGCGGUUUUUAUGCCAACUAUCAAGCAUUACUUUUUCCGAGUGGCAGCGGAAGCAUGUUUGGAGCCAACACAGACAGACUAACAAAGGGUGAAACAGCGGCUGAAGGAGAUUGGCCUUGGCAGAGUGCAGUGUACCGAAAUGGGGUGUUUGUUUGUGGGGGUACCUUGAUUGCAUCACGUUGGGUACUGACAGCUGCCCGUUGCGUAGAAGCAUUUGGAGGUAUUGAUGGCAAUGGUUCUUUGGCAGUUAUUGUUGGUGAUUUGCACAGAGAGUUUAACGAAGCGAAGGAGCAGCGAUAUGGCGUAGAACAGGUCAUAAUCCAUCCAGAUUACAGCAGUUCGACAAAGCAAAACGACAUUGCACUGUUGAGGCUUGAAAACGCAGUUGCUCUUAGUGACAAAAUAAAAACGGCUACCGUUCCUAAUAGAAAUGCUACAGCAAAGGAAGGCUCCUCCUGUUACGUAACAGGAUGGGGCUCCACAGAUGAUCUACAAAGUUCGCAUGCAAUGUUACAAGAAGCUGGGGCUCUUGUUCGAAACACUUCGUUAUGUCGAACAAAUGGAGAUGACAUGGUCGGAUUGCUGGUAACAGAGCAAAUGAUGUGCUUGCAGAAAAUCGGGUUUCUUGAGAACAGCUGUAUAAGUGAUGCUGGGGGGCCAAUUAUUUGCCAGGAUUCUGAAGGCCACUACAUUUUACAUGGUGUUGUGAGUCAAGAGACUGGCCACUGCCUGGAGCCAGAAUCAAGAAUUGUGUCUUCUAAAGUGCCAAAAUUUGUUGACUGGGUCAAUGACUCACUAAACAACUUUUAAUUAUUAAAAUAAUAAGAAAAUAACAACAUUAUAUUAACUAUCUUAAGCAUACCGGAUCUUUCUUUCUAAGCUUAAAAAAGCUAUGAAUCGUAAUGAAAUAUAGAAAAUAAAGAAAGGAUGAGAAAAGUGAGAAAUAAUUCCUUUCCUUCUACUUCUGAUGCCCAUAUCGUUUACGGUCAUACAAGAUUGC